GCGAGUUGUUCGCAGCAUCGUCGACUCUUAUCAGUUUUUCGUUGAGCCAAACGUUCAUAUGAACAUCGUUAUUUGAACAGUGAGGAUCAUAUUUAGCAUCAUUUUGAUACCCCUUUCGGCAUCAUGGCAGCCAGCGCUAGCGCUUCCUUGCUCCUGAUUUCCGUUCUUCUGAUUCCGCUUACCUCCGGUGUCCAUGUGUACGAUUGCGAACCGGGCACGGAACCAACCCUGUGCAUCGUCAACAACCUGGUGUACACUACGGGCCAGGAUCCACUGCCGCAACUGAAUCGAUCGGACACUGUGAAUCGUAUUCAGCUGACCUACGAACGCUUUUACUAUACACGGAAGCCCAUGGUAAGCGUGUACGAUGCGGUGCUUCAUGAGACUGUACUGCGUAGUCCACCGAACGUUGCUGUGAUCAACUGCCAUCUGCAGACGCUGGUGAUGCCGCGUGAGCUCGAAGUCGGAGAUUUUUUAAACAACGUUAUCAAAGUGGUUGAAACAAAUCCAGCGCAAUCAUACAAUAUACGUUAUCUGGACCUCUCGCACAAUAGUUUGGAGGAUUUAAGGAAUCUGUCCGUACUAGUGAACCUGCAGACACUGAAGCUUGACGGUAAUCAAAUUGCCGAGAUCACGGCGGAAACGUUUGUUAAAAUGAGCAACCUUUCGAUACUGACCCUGGGCUACAACCAAAUUGUAAAGAUCGAUCUGAAGGUGCUACCAAAAAGCUUAACCACGCUCUCACUGAUAAGAAACGAGCUAACGGAGAUCGAUUUCGCGUCCGUUUCCUUUACCAACAUGCGUGAGGUGAAUUUUGAGAGCAACAAAUUGAAAACCCUUGAUGUGGCCAGCAUGAUGAGAGCAUGUCCCGCGUUGCAACUACUUCCGAUCGAGUACAAUCCAAUACCGAGGGAUGAAGCACAACGUAUUAUCACGGAACUAGAUCGACACAAUGUGACUUACUAUAUCAAUGGUGAUAAGACCAGUGAUUCUGAUACCUCCUGCGACUCAGACGAGUAUGAGAUCGAUGGUGUUUGUUUCAAUACAUCGGUGCUGGGCUCAAGAACCUUCUUGAAAGCGAUCGUGCUCAUCCUCGUCGGCAUAGUGCUAUUCGGUGUGUUUGGGUUGAGCGCACGAUGGAUAUGGCACGAGAUGAGGUAUUGAUGAGGUGGUAUCUAACCCUUACAAAAUGUUUUGGAAUUGCAGUAACUCUAUACUGAAUGCACUAACAACUAAUGGAAAGGAACCACCAUUACCCUACCAUUUUGCAAGGCUUUCUGGCGACACAGAUUCAAAAGGAUUAACGUUACUGUUUCGAUAAAAAGGUGUUAAAUUGCUGUGAAAUGCUUAUUAAAAUGCAAUAAUGGGUGUCCUGGAAUGUGUGGAAAUUCAUAUGAUAUGUUACUUUAAGAAGCAUAAAAUGGUUUUCUACUUAUU